AAUUGAGCACGGGGAACCCUGCACGUAGAUCUUGGUUUGUCCUUGUUUAUUUUUCGCAGUACAUUGGGAAACCGUCAACAGACGUUUGCGGAAAUCUGCCAUACCAAGUAAAAAUUUCUUGUGCAACGUUUGCAAGAAUUUUCAAGGGCGUGUUGGCUUGGAUACAAAUGUGAAAUAUCGUUAUCGUUUUCAGUCUCUUUGAAAAGGCUUAUAGCCUUCCAUAUCAGAGAUAUAAAACACAGAUACUCCAGCGGUUACAUUUUAGAAAGUAAUUCAAAGUGGAAAAAGGCGCAAUGAUGAGUGACAGUGUUUGUACAGUUGAGCAACUAAAUCCUGAUCAACGGAAUGCAUACUUUCGAGUACUCGAUUCUCUUCAGGAAAACAAGGUUAUCCUAAUCGAUACUCCAAGUGGAACAGGCAAAACUUUUAUGUUAUCUCUCUUGGCGAAAACAAAUUUUAAUUCUGACAAACCAGUACACUUCGUCACUUUUAGAAGAGAUCAAGCAAGUGAAAUGGUUUCAAAGCAAAUCGAAGGAUACACUUAUAUCUCAUAUAACAUGCGUAACUUUAGUUUGUCUUAUAAUUCUGCAAUCCAUAUGUUUAAUAUGGAUAGUAAGAACAAUAUUGACCUACUUUAUAAAGUGCUUCAAUACUCGAAAAGCUAUGCCUAUGUCAGUCACAUGAUAAACGUUAUUGUUUUAGACACAUAUACCGUAGCUUCACCAAUUAUGUUACUUUUAUUAUACAUAGUGGCACUUCAAAAGAAUACACAAUUAAUUAUCGCCGGAGAUAAAUUACAACCUGGUCCUAUGCCCAGAUCUCGAUUUCACGGUAGAAAUAAUUUCUUCUUUGCCAAUACACUAUCUGAUCUGAUGAUAGACGAUUUAACCAAAAACAUGCGAUCGCCUGACCGUGAUUUCGUAAAUAAACUAUCGCGUUUACGUGAAACGUUAGAGAGCUACAGUCACACGGAAGAUAUUCCGCUGCGUUUUGAUUUCCGUUACUUAUUGUACUGUCUUUUCCGACCAAAAUAUUUCGCCGAGGAGCGUUUCGAUACUGUUUACAUGGCUCAGUGUCAUUGCGACCUCACAGCACGUUUGUACCGUUACAUAGACCAUCUCGAAUCUUUGAAGAUGCAAUACGUAAUAGAGCCGUUUUACACGCCUAAAGAUCAAGGAGGCAGUACCAUUUUAAUGCCAUUAACCACCCCAAGAAACCAGCCACAUAAAUUCUUUCCCGGUUUACUUUUGGUAAUUGGUUGUAAAUAUAUCCACAUAGCUGAAAAUGGCAAGCACACUUUUGUAUGCCUAGAAGGAAUGGUUUAUGAAAACAAUCGACUCGAGUCUCUUCUUAUUCGUCCCAUAAGUAACAAAUUAUGUAAUCAACAAAAGAUUGAACGUUGUUACCUUAAUUAUUAUCAGGUUCUACCGGCGUUUCGUAAAUGGUUAUUGUACGGGUCUAACGAGAAUGCAAAAUUAAUGCAAUUCCCUUUGCGUAUAUACACGUCAACGUAUCACGCUGCUUUAGGGAGUACAGUUGACAAAGAUGUAGAACUUUGCAUUAAUUCUAGCGUUAAGGCUAACAUUACAAUUAACUCCGUUUAUGCUGGCCUUUGUUGCAUAACUCGCGAGUCAGCUAUUCACAAAAUGCACGCCGAUACGGAUCUUUUAAGUUUGAUAGUGACUGAAUACAUGGAAAAUGAACGGGACGAUAAAAAAUUUUAUUAUCGUUGCCCUUCGGAUGUGAAAGACAAAGCAACUCUGCGAGCUGCUUCUAAUUAUCAAAGUGGCAGAAAUGAUUUUAUAGAUGGCAUGAAAUGGAUCACUGCAUCCAGUAUUAAUAUCUUCGAAAAGGAAAACAAUAAAAGUUAUUUGCGUAUAAAACGUAGCAAGUAUAAAGCGUCGAAAAGAGAUAAUAAGAAUACACUUUUAAUGAAUAUCGCAGAAUUUAUUAAGGACAACAAGAAUUUAGUAUGUAAUACAAUUAAAACUAUACCUAAUGAAAACUCCAGUGUGGCCAUCCAGAAAAAGAAAGCGAAGGAAAAUUAUAGAGAAUCGAAGGCAUAUUUGGUUUUGAAAGAAGCGUACAAUUCUUGGAAGUCUAAAAAUGUAGAAAAUGAAGAAUAAGUUUUAAAUUAUGUUUAAUAUAAUGAAUAUUAAGCUCUUCAUAUUUAUGACUAUUUUCUUUUUCUUUUAUUAAAUAAAAUAUUUACGUUAUGAAUUUUUA